GUGGGGAAUAACCACUUUCAUCUGGAGAGCAGCAGAAGUGUGACGAAGAUCGGACAAACCCAGAAUCUCCAGUCUAACUGAAUCUAUACUUGGGCCGCAGCAUGACACAAGAAGUGGAUAAAAGGUGUUUGCACUAUCAGGUACUUGGAUUGAUGGUGGUGUUAGCCGUCUUCUCUGGACUUGGAGACACUAAGGAGAAAUCAGAGGAUGCGCUCCUAUACAACACAACACACAGUAAUGUAGGAAGUGGAGAGGAACCGCGAGUUUUGGCUAUUCAAAGGCCCUGCGGUCCAGAACACGAGGGAUUCUGUGUCAAUGGCGUAUGUUCCUACUCCUCCGACCUGGAAACCCCUAUCUGUCGGUGUGACAAAAUGUACAGCGGUGUGCGCUGUGAACAUGUUAUUUUGGACACCCAGCGUUUGUCUAGUCCUGAAGAAGUCAUUGGAAUUAGCUGUGGUGCAGUUUUAUUACUGGGAACCAUCAUUGCAGUGAUGUACUGCUGCUUAAAGAAAAGGUGUCGGAAGUCAUCACCACCCUACAAGAACUGUGGCUCCGAGAACUUAAAGUUAUCCGGCCAGAUAUAAUUUGUGACCCUGGACCACAAAACCAGUCAUAAGGGUCAAUUUCUUAUCAACUGA